AUGUCCACGUCUUCAGCGAAAACUCCAAUUUGCACCAGAUCAUCUUCAAUUACGAACAAUUUUUUGGGUGAAAAUGGGAAAUUGGUGAAUUUGGACGAUUUGAUGGGUACCGGAAGUGCUUCGAGUUGCUCUGGAAAUCCGUGGUCCAGCUCUUCUCAUCAAAUUUCUGCUCCGCCGGCACCUGUCAAUUCAUUUGCUUCACAACGAAAAAUGCCAACACUGAAUGAGAUGCGGGCUGCUCAAAACCCAGCUCACUUUACCACCAAUCAAUCGAUCGAUAAUCGAUCGAUUUUCGAAAAUCAACAAAUCGAUAAAUCGGUUGAUCCAUUGGCCGGAUUGUUCUUCUAA